AUGAGUUAUAUCCUACAUGCCACAUUAACAUUUAUUUUAAGUGUGGAAUUCAUAAUAGGAAAUUUAGGAAAUGUGUUCAUGGCACUGGUGAACAUUAUGGACUUGGUCAAGAGAAGAAAGAUCUCUUCAGUGGAUCAGAUUCUCACUGGUCUGGCCAUCUCCAGAAUCGGUCUGUUCUGGUCAUUAGCUGCAAGUUUAUUGGUUUCAUCCAUCUACACAACUUUAAUGAUACCUGGAAAAUUGAUGAGAACUAUCAACAUUUUUUGGACAGUGACCAAUCAUUUCAGCGUCUGGCUUGCUACAUGUCUCAGCAUCUUUUAUUUUCUCAAGAUAGCUAAUUUUUCAAACUAUAUUUUUCUUUAUCUCAAGUGGAGAGUAAAAAAAGUGGUAUCAUUGACACUGCUGGUAUCUUUGCUCAUCUUGUUUGUAAACACUUUAGUCAUAAACAGAUGUGUUGAUAUUUGGAUUGAUGGACAUGAAGCAAAUAUGUCCUACAGUGCUAUCUCUAGUAACUCUGUUCAGUUUUCUAGACUCAUUUUACUUGUUAACACUAUGUUUACAGUCAUUCCCUUCACUGUGACCCUGACAAUGUUUCUCCUCCUCAUCUUCUCCCUGUGGAGACAUCUGAAGAACAUGCAGCUCCAUGCCAAAGGUUCCAGAGAUGCCAGCACCACAGCCCACGUAAAGGCCUUGCAAACUGUGGUUGCCUUCCUGUUACUGUACACAGCUUUCUUUCUGUCUCUUCUUUCACUAUGUUGGAAUGUUGACUUUAAGCAUAAAAGUCUCAUAGUUUUGUUUUUACUGUCAAUGGGACUGGCUUUUCCCUCGGCCCAUUCAUGUGUCCUGAUUCUAGAGAACAGGAAGCUGAGUCAAUCCUUGCUUUCUGUGCUGAGGUGGCUGAAGUGCAGGCUCAAAGAUCCAAAACGGUCUGCUCCCUAA